CUCUACUAGUCAAAAUAAAUCUCAAAGUUUCAGACAAACAAAAAAAAACAAAAGGAAAAUAUGUCCAAGGAAGUGAGCGAAGAGGGACAGGGCGCGCACCAGCACGGCGGCAAGGACUACGUGGAUCCGCCGCCGGCGCCUCUGUUUGACUUCGGCGAGCUCAGGCUCUGGUCUUUCUACCGCGCCGUCAUAGCGGAGUUCAUAGCCACACUACUCUUCCUCUACGUCACCGUCGCCACCGUCAUCGGCCACAAGAAGCUCAACGCCGCCGACCAAUGCGACGGCGUCGGCAUCCUCGGCAUCGCCUGGGCCUUCGGCGGCAUGAUCUUCGUCCUCGUCUACUGCACCGCCGGGAUCUCCGGCGGCCACAUUAACCCGGCGGUGACGUUCGGGCUGUUCCUGGCGAGGAAGGUGUCUCUGGUGAGGGCGGCGUCGUACAUGGUGGCGCAGUGCUUGGGUGCCGUCUGCGGAGUGGGGCUGGUGAAGGCCUUCAUGAGGGGCUACUACAACAAGCUCGGCGGCGGCGCCAACGGGGUGAGCGCCGGAUACAACAACGGCACCGCCUUGGGGGCGGAGAUCAUCGGAACCUUCGUCCUUGUCUACACCGUCUUCUCCGCAACCGACCCCAAGAGGAGCGCGCGUGACUCGCACGUCCCGGUAUUGGCUCCACUUCCGAUAGGGUUUGCGGUGUUUAUGGUUCACCUGGCCACCAUUCCCAUCACCGGAACAGGGAUCAACCCGGCGAGGAGCUUUGGCGCCGCCGUCAUAUACAACAGCCCCAAAGUCUGGGAUGACCAUUGGAUCUUCUGGGUGGGACCGUUCGUGGGAGCAUUAGCGGCGGCGGCGUACCACCAGUACAUCCUCAGAGCAGCGGCGGCGAAGGCUUUGGGAUCAUUCCGCAGCAACCCCCCAGCCAACUGAUGGAUUUUUUCUCGCUUACAUAGUUCUCCGGCUGGCCGCCCGUCUGAAUUAAUCCUUUGCCGCCCGCGGCGAUCAUUAAUUUGAUUAAUUAUAAGCGCGCUGCAUGCUAAUUAAUCCUUCAAUUAUAUUAUUCGUCUUGCUAGCUAGCUUCGCCUUACCCUUUUUAAUUUGUUUGUUACAUGUCGUACUUAAUUAGCUUUCCUUCCUUGAUGAUUCUUAAUUAGUCCUCGGCUUUAGAUUGUAAUUGAAGUACGUACGAAGUAAGUACCAUGGAGUAUUGUGUUUUUUCGAUGUUAAUUUGUUGGCAGGUUUUUUUAUGGUUUUUUUUAUGCAUAGUUAUGUUAUG